AUGAAGACUUUGCAGUUCUGCAAAGGGGCACCCGGACGCUUCGUCUACACAGCCCUGAAUGAGCCAACCAUUGACUACGGGUUCCAGAGAUUGCAGAAAGUUAUCCCACGACACCCUGGGGACCCUGAACGUUUACCCAAGGAAGUGCUACUCAAGAGGGCGGCUGACCUGGUGGAAGCGUUGUAUGGAAUGCCACACAACAACCAGGACAUCAUCCUGAAACGGGCAGCUGACAUUGCCGAGGCCCUGUACAGCGUCCCUCGCAACCCCAACCAGCUGACCUCCCUGGCUGGGAACCACGCCCACUCAGGCAUGAUGGGCGUCAACUCCUUUGGGAGCCAGCUGGCCAUCAAUAUCAGCGACUCCCAGGGCUCGGAGCAAGAUAACAAAGGAUACACACGCAACACAAGCAGCAUCUCGCCGCGAGGUUACGUGCCCAGCUCCACCCCACAACAGAGCAGCUAUAACACCAUCACGUCCAGCAUGAAUGGUUACGCGGGGACUGCCAUGACUAGCCUCGGGGUGCCCGGGUCGCCCAGCUUCCUCAAUGGCUCCACUGCCAACUCCCCCUAUGCUAUCAUACCAUCCAGCCCCCCACUGGGAGCCUCCUCCAUCGCCAGCUCCUCCACACCGGCAGGCGUCUUCUCCUUCUCUCCCGUCAACAUGAACUCCGCCGUCAAGCAAAAAAGUGCUUUUGCCCCCGUAGUCCGGCCGCAAGCCUCCCCGCCCCCUACCUGCACCAGCGCCAACGGCAACAGCCUCCAAGCCUUGUCCGGUCUCAUCGUACCACCCAUGUGAGCCAGGGACGCCUACUGAGCCUUCAGGAAGAAUGGAGCAAUGGACUGGCGUCCCCCCCUGGCCCUUGGACUGAAAAAGCAUGGGCAUUGCUUAUGAGAUAAGAGCUCCUGGAGCACCCCAGCUCCUUCUGACUCGGCUGCAUGAUUUACAAGAGGCUCCCCCUUCUGGUGGGAGGCUGAAAUGUAGCCGGAGAAGCCCAGGAAGGUGAUCUUCAUCCACAAACCGUGAAUUGUGGGGGGUGGGCUUCGUCCUCAAGGAGGAUAGUGAUGUUGGGGCUAGGGUGAGAGUGUUGGAGGGGGGACUUGGCACUGUCAUCCUUCCCUCCCAGGAGUUUCUUUUGCAUCCUGCACCAUUUCUCGCUGCUUUGGUUAAAGGACCACAAGCAAAAAGAUUCCAUCGUCCCGGUUGGGUUUCCACUCAGGUAGAUUUGCUCCCUGCCAAGAAUGGAACAUU